AAAGUGCUCAAGAAUUUACUUCCGUAUUCAUGUGACGUAAUCUGAUUGCGGAAGUAAGUUCCGGCUGUGUUGAUAUGUAGGAUAUGUAAGUGUGUGUAUGUGUUUGUUUUGAAGCAGGAGUUCUAAAUCGAUUUAAACACAUCACAUAAAUCUAAGAGAAGAGUAAUCAGCUGUAGACACCGGAGAUGACCAGUACAGACUUUCAUCUGCAGUUUCAAGACUUUGAUGAUGAUGAUGACGAUGGGGAUGAUGGAGGCACAGCGGUCAGGAUAGAGGACGAGGGCUUCAAGAAACCUCCCACCCAGCGGCGAGGGGCGGGGCCGGAGGAGGAGCUGCUGGACGGUGAUGAUCAGACCCAGCUUCUCAGCGGUGAAAAGAAAAGUGCUGCCUUCUGGACUCUGGAGUUUUAUCAGGCCUUUUUCAACGUGGACACACCCCAGGUGAUGGACAGAAUUAUCAGCUCUGUACUGCCGUGGAGAGGAAAAAACUUUGUUCGUCUUCACAUCAGGAACAACCCUGACCUCUAUGGACCGUUCUGGAUCUGCGCCACGCUGGUGUUCGCCAUCGGUGUGAGCGGGAACCUGUCCAGCUUCCUCGUCCACCACGGACAGCCGCGGUACAAAUACAUCCCCGAGUUCAGGAAAGUAACGAUGGCCGCUACAGCGAUCUACAGCUACGCCUGGCUGGUUCCUCUGGUGCUGUGGGGCUUUUUAACCUGGAGGAGCAGGAAGAUCUCCGGCACACUGUCCUACUCCUUCCUGGAGAUCGUGUGUGUUUACGGUUACUCACUCGCCGUCUACAUCCCUGCUGUGGUGCUGUGGGGGAUCCCGAGUGAGUUUCUGCGCUGGAGCUCCAUCGUUGUGGCUCUGUGUUUGUCCGGCUCGCUCCUGGUGCUGACCUUCUGGCCGGUGAUGAGAGAUGACAGGCCCCGGGUCAUCCUCACCGUUCUCUCUGUCCUCGUCACACUGCACGUUUUACUGGCCAUCGGCUGUAAGGUGUAUUUUUUCAGCACUUAUGAAUCUGAAGCUGCUGUACAACCUUCUGUGGAAACACACAGAGCACAAAAUACAACAACUACAAAUACACACUGAUAACCUACAGCAGAGCAUCUCCUGUUCCCUCCUUCUCCAGUGUCUGGUUCCGAACAGAGGAGGUCAACGGUCACGGAACGACACCAGAUCAGGAGAGAGCAUGUCUGUGUGUGUGUGUGUGUGUGUGUGUGUGUGUGUGUGUGUGUAUUUGUGAGUGUGUGUGUGUAUUUGUGAGUGUGUGUGUGUGUGUGUAUUUGAGUGUGUGUGUGUGUGUGUAUUUGUGAGUGUGUGUGUGUGUGUGUAUUACUGCUGUAUCUUUGAGGGUUUUGUUUCUUUUCUCUGUAACAGAGCAUCAGUUUGACUCAGUGACUCUGACUCUGUGACUCUGGUGUUUACAGAUUUUUGGUGAAUGUUUAUGUAAAAACUUUAUAUUAGAAUGAAACGUCUUCCAGAAGAGAUUACUGCUGAUAAUGAUGAUGAUGAAGAUGAUGAUGAUGAUGAAGAUGCUGUAUUUAGCAUGUUGCUCAGUCUGAAUGCCGAACUUAUGACUAGUUUUUUAAUAUUUAAGGGUUUUUUAUCUCAUUCCUCGUCUUUUGGAGACACUUUACUCGUCUUCUCCUCUGUUACUCUCUAAACACGGAAAUGUUUUCCUCUCCUGUCUUUACACUGAGAAUAAAGACUUCUCUCUAGCUCUAUAUUUAUUUUUGUUUUAAUGAAUUUCACGAUGCUGCUGAACGUCACAAAAAAUAAAACACUAU